GAGGCCUCCAUCCUGGAGUCCCAGAAGUUCCGGCUGCUGAAACACAGCGACGGGAGGAUCACCCUGAGGGACCGGUAUGGCCUGCACCUGGACAUGGCGGAUAACCGCUCCCGGAUGAAGGGCGGCGUCACCAGCCAGGGCGUGCUCGUGGCGACCCCCGUGGGGGAGACGGGGAAGUUCACGUUCCUGUACAACUUCGACAGCACGGUGUCCCUGAGGCAGGCGAACAACUCCUGUCUCGCCUCCACCGCGGACGGCCUCUUGCUGCUGGACUGCGACUCGGACGGCGGUGCGGUGGCCACCUUCACCCCGACCGUCCUGGAGUUGGAAGGCGUCGUAGCCUUCAAGUCCAGAGCUGGGAACUUCAUCACCGUGGAAGAGGAGUGGGUCCACGACUACAAGACGUCCCUCCGGAUGGUGCCCAAAGGAG